AAAAUCUUACAAUAUUUUCUGAAUCUAUGAUAGUAUUAUUUUUAUUUUUUUUUUAUCUUGCUUAAUCACAUCAAUCAUUUUAUUUCGCACUUCUUUCUUUUCAUAUUAUUAGACAAAAUUCUCAUAUUUUUUAAUUUAACAUAAAUACCUCUAGAAUAUUUGCAACCAAAAAAAUAAAAUAUAAUAAAUAAAUGUAGAGGAUAUCAUGCACCCUUUCAAAUAUUUGGCUUGGGAGCGGCAACCUUACGCACUCGAUCAUCAAUAUUAAAGCUACUAACCACUCGUUUGCAUUGGGUAGUAUAUAUCAUUCUAAGAAGUAAGAAUCUCAGCAACACCAAUUAGACAAUAAACAGCGACGAUGAAAGCAAUGACAGCAACGACAACGUUUGAUGUCUCUGCCGCUUGCUUCCGUGCCCCUCCUUCUUGUUCACCGAAUCCAUGCCACACCAGUUUUUCAGUUAUAAACUCCCUGAAUCCUCACAAGGGACGACGGAUAAGCGUUGCUGUUCCACCUAAGUUUCCAAGCUUCCGGAGGGAAGCAGCUCUGCAGGGGAAUUUGGAGGCUGUUAGAGUCCCAACUUCGGUGCCUGUGCGUGUAGCAUACGAACUUCUUCUAGCUGGUCAUCGAUAUUUGGAUGUAAGGACUCCAGAAGAGUUCAAUGCUGGACACGCUCCUGGCGCCAUUAACAUACCUUAUAUGUUCAGAGUUGGAUCAGGGAUGACUAAGAAUAGCAACUUUAUUAGACAGGUGUCUUCAAAUUUUAGGAAAGAAGAUGAAAUUAUUGUUGGGUGUGAGCUUGGUAAAAGAUCUAUGAUGGCCGCAAGUGACUUGCUAGCUGCUGGGUUCACUGGACUCACAGACAUGGCUGGUGGUUAUGCUGCAUGGACACAAAAUGGACUUCCAACAGAACUAUGAAGUGCUUCUUUUGGAACUGCAGCUGUAAAUAGAAUAAGUUUUGGGAGGAGUCCCAUGCAUGCAAAUGCAGAAGCACUUCACCAAGACAGUGACAAUCUGAUACUGGAACAUGUAAAUGCAGAAAGAGCGGGGGGGCAGUCUCCCAGAUUUCUUAUGCAGACUUAAUGUCUCCCACUCAAACUAGUACCUUAUCCAAUUCAACAAUAAAUAAUGAAAAUAAAAUGUUAAUAUUUAUCCAACUUUGCAAAGAAACUCUUUUUCUUGGCUC